AUGGCACCCGGUGUUCUCUCUCAGCCUGUUCCGGGCCAACGCUUCCAGCCGUUGGACAUGUCUGAACAAUGUACUCUACCACCAGGGAGAGUCUUCCCUAUCAAGAUCGGUAGUGGUCUUUUUCGACUCUCGGGGGCUUCAAUCGCCUCAGAUGCUCCCUCUUACUUCUCCCGGUUCUUUGAGAGCCAGGUGCAGGCUGCAGGAAGCAAUGCAAAUGCCACUCAGCUUCGGACCCUUUAUAUCGACCGUGAUCCUGAAACUUUCAAGCUGAUUGCCAACCAUCUGCAAGGAUACUUUAUUCAGCCCAAAAAUGGCGAGGAGUUUGUCAGGCUAUUCGCUGAUGCGCAAUUCUACAACCUGCCCCGAUUGAUGGCCCAGCUAUUCGAUUGCGAUAUCUUCGUCAAAAUCGGCGAUCGCGACUUCCAGAUUCCACGUGCUGUCCUGACGAACCCCGGUAAUGACAAGAAUUACUUCACACUUGGCUUCUCUGCUUUCUUUGCCUCGCCAAGUCAUGUUUUUCCUGGUCUGAAUCGUGCAGGACUUCUCCGCCCUCCCUCGAUUCUGCCCCCAAGUGUCCCAGGCCGAUCCGCUGAUGUGUUUGCUCAGCUCCUACACGGGCUGAGGGGAUAUGCGAUUGAAAUCAAGAACGAGGAGCACCGACAAGAGCUUCUUAGUGACUGUCGUUAUUAUCAUUUCGCCGGCGUGGAGCAGAAGUUGAUCGCGCAUAAGCUGACCUACAACUCUGUCAGUGAACAUGAGGAGAUCACCCUUCGUCUCGAGGAUAUCCGGCCGUCCGGCAUAUCAUUCGACCAAACCACUUCUCAUAUUAUUGAUGCGCAGAGAGCAAACUUCGUUUACUCUCGUCCCCACGCGGACCAAGAAAUGUUCCGUGAUUUGGUGGUUGAAUUUAGAGAAAAUUUCUCAUUUAUCACUGCGGCGCGUGAUCAUCUCGACUUCCAAGGGGAUGCCAGGCUUCGCAUGGAAAGUCUCAUCAAGGUUACCGCGGAAAAAUUGGACGUUGAUCGGAGUCUUUUCACGGGUCUUCCUCUCAAAAUCCGAUGGACGCGUGAUGCAGACAUAAUAAUUGACGGGAAACGGGAUCCUCAGGCUCUUUGCCAUCUGGUGUCCGUUAACGAAUAUGGGAACCCGGGCCCUCUACGCAAACGUCGGCGUGUAGGAGAGCCGGAUGAUGUUGAGCUGCCACAUGGAGACGUCAAUACUGACAGAAAUGUCAAGCCUCAGAUUGACGAGGACACUGAUUCAGAUCGCUUUCCCAGCAGCCUUCCACCCAGCCAACCCAGCCGCCCGUGCGUAGAGGAUCCGGAUGAUACUGAAUUGCGGUGGGUGGUCGGAAAGGGACAAUGGCGAUUGCUCGUACAACACACGCUGGGCGCCGAUCGUCCCUGGGAAAUCCUCCUGACCCCAGUGAAGCUGCAGAUUUACACUGACACCCGUGCUUGCAACGUCGAUCGGGAUUUCCUCUGA